CUUUAUUAGCUCACCCUGACUUUGAUCUUACCAUGUUUACCCACUGUAACCUGGUAGUACUUAUAUUCGUGUUGAUUCUUCAAGAUCAGGUUUAUACAGGAGAAAUCAUUGGUGGCCGUGAAGUUGUGCCACAUAGCAAACCAUAUAUGGUGCUUUUGGAGCUGCACAACUUAGGUGGUCAUAACAAACACUGUGAUGGCUUCCUCGUUAAUGAGGACUUUGUGCUGACUGCUGCCCACUGCCAUGCAAAGUCCUACAAAGUCUUUUUGGGACUUCAUGAUUACCACAACCAUAAUGGAGUACAACAUGUGUCGGUGCCUGAGACCAAUGCAUUUCCACACAAAGACUAUAAUCCAGUUUCUUACAGCAACGAUAUAAUGCUUCUUAAGUUGAGCACCAAAGCAGUGUUCAACGAGAAUGUGAAACCUAUUGAUCUUGCAGACCGUGAUGAUGGAUUUGCGCCAAAAUCGUGUGUAGUUCCUGGUUGGGGAAACACGGGAAACGGUAAAGACUCUGAUGUGCUCCUGGAAGUCAAUGUAACCCUGACUGAGAAUGAGAUUUGUGCUAAGGAAAAUAAGUACUGCUCUGAGGGUGCCACUGGACCAUCCACGGGAGACUCUGGUGGCCCAUUAGUCUGUGAAAAUGGAAAGGCAUACGGGGUGGUGUCCGCCAGUAGUAACUCAAUGCUAGAUGGCCUCAAGCUCUACAGUUACAUUAAGAUACCUGACAAACGAGACUGGAUUGAUUCUGUCAUAGAUCAUCAUCGAAAGUGGUAAUUCGUGUAUUGAAUCUGCCUUUAAAAAAAGUUAUAUGACAACUGAGAUUUGAAUAUUUGAACUCAUUCUAUUAAAAUGAUGGGUGGCAAGGUGGUGCAAUGGUCACACUGCUGCCUUUUUUCUUCCAGCUACAAACCUUUUCUUUGCAAACCUGUAGUU